GGCAGCAGGGCGAGAGGGCCCCUGCCUCCUCCCGCGGGGCCUGGCGGGGCUGCCGCCUCCCCUUAUCUCAGUCCAGGCUGCCUGCUGGUCCCGCCCCCUCGGGGAAGCUGCCACUUGGAGGCGCCUGGCCGGGAAGGGCCUGGUCAGCUGUGUCCGGUGGAGGCAACUGCUGACCCAGCUGUGGACUGUGCCAGAGGUGGAGGAAGUUUGGAGAAGGAGCUCUGGGCCCCCCGCGGCGGGGGCUGCAUCAUGGAUCACCUCGGGGCGCCCCUCUGGCCUGGAGUCGGCUCCCUCUGGCUCCUGCUCACUGGAGCCGCCUUGGCUCCCCCUCCUAACUCCCCGGGCCCCAAGUUUGAAAGCAAAGGGAGCUGGGACAUGCUCCAUCCUAAUGGGUCUGGGCUCCGCGGUCUGGAGUCCCUGGGGGGAGAGGACCUAGCGGACCUCCGGCGAGGGAGGGAGGAAAACCCGGGUCCGAGGCACAGGGGCCGGGCCGCAGGCGACUGUAAACACGCGGCCCUGCUGGUGGCCCACGGGCACAAAGAGCUCCUGUGCUUCACCGAGCGGUUGGAAGACUUGGUGUGUUUCUGGGAGGAGGCGGCAAGCGCGGGGAUCAGCCCCGACAACUACAGCUUCUCCUACCAGCUCGAGGGUGAGCAGUGGAAGCCGUGCCGCCUGCACCAGGCGCCCGCGGCGCGCGGAGCGGUGCGCUUCUGGUGCUCGCUGCCCACGGCCGACACGUCGAGCUUCGUGCCCUUAGAGCUGCGCGUCACAGCGGCCUCGUCCGGUGCUCCACGCUACCGCCGGGUCAUCCAGAUCAACGAAGUGGUGCUCCUGGACCCCCCAGCGGAGCUAGAAGCGCGGCGGGCGGACGAGGGCGGCCACGUGGUACUACGCUGGCUCCCACCUCCUGGGGCCCCCAUGGCGAGCCUCAUCCGCUACGAGGUGAACAUCUCCGCAGGCGGCGCCGCAGGGAACGCGCAGAAAGUGGAGAUCCUGGACGGCCGCACCGAGUGCGUGCUGAGCAACCUGCGGCGCGGAACGCGGUACACCUUCACGGUGCGCGCGCGUAUGGCGGAGCCGAGCUUCGACGGCUUCUGGAGCGCUUGGUCGGAGCCUGCGUCGCUGCUGACAGCUAGUGACCUGGACCCGCUCAUCCUGACGCUCUCCCUCAUCCUCGUGCUCAUUCUGCUGCUGCUGGCCGUGUUCGCUCUCCUCUCCCACCGCCGGGCUCUGAAGCAGAAGAUCUGGCCUGGCAUCCCAAGCCCCGAGAGUGAAUUUGAGGGCCUUUUCACCACCCACAAGGGUAACUUCCAGCUGUGGCUGUAUCAGAAUGACGGCUGUCUGUGGUGGAGCCCCUGUACCCCCUUCGCAGAGGACCCACCUACCCCACUGGAAGUCCUUUCUGAACGCUGCUGGGGGGUGACACAAGCAGUGGAGCCAGGGACAGAUGAUGAGGGGCCCCUGCUGGAGCCAGUGGGCCGUGAGCAUGCCCAGGACACCUACCUGGUGCUGGACAAGUGGCUGCUGCCCAGGAGCCCGCCCAGCGAGGACCCCCCACAGUCUGGGGGCAGUUUGGACAUAGCAGCCAUGGAUGAAGGCUCAGAAGCAUCCUCCUGCUCAUCGGUUUUGGCCCUGAAACCAGAGGGGGCCUCGCCGGCCAGCUUUGAGUACACCAUCCUGGACCCCAGCUCCCAGCUCCUGCGCCCAAGGGCAUUGCCCCCUGAGCUGCCCCCCACCCCACCCCACCUAAAGUACCUGUACCUCGUGGUGUCGGACUCUGGCAUCUCAACUGACUACAGCUCAGGGGGCUCCCAGGGCAUCAAGGGGGACUCAUCCAAUGGCCCCUAUUCCAACCCUUAUGAGAAUAACCUUGUCCCAGCCCCCGAGCCUUCACCUCCCAGCUAUGUGGCCUGCUCCUAGGACUCUAGGCCUCAGAUGCUGGGGCACCCAGCAUGACCUCAGUGCUAGUCUAGGGCCAAGGCCUAUCUGGCAGGGUUGGUGAGGCCUCUCUCAGGACCAGGGGCAUUUCUGACCUGGCUCUGAGCCUAAUCCAUCCUUAGGAAGGCACAGCCUUGCAGUAUUUCUAAAUGUACAGGUGUAUUUUUUUGUUUUAUAUAUCUAUAUCUAUAAAUAUAUGUAUAGAUAUGUAGAUAUAGAUAGAUAUAUUGCUGCUCUUAUGGCUUGGGCUAUAGGGGGAACAGUAUAAAAGGCUGUGAGCUCCGUCUGAAAUUCAGGACUUGGAAGUCUGAAUAAUAAUCAUAAUAAAAUGAACUAACCACUGUAAGUUACACUAGCUGCCAUAACAAACAACUUCUAAAUCUGAGUGGCUUAACACAGUUAGUUUCUCUCAUACUUCAAUUCAAACAGGUGGGCAGCCAUCCCUGGGAUGAGUCAGAAGCUGAGACUCUUCUGGUCUCUAGCUUCACCAUCCAGGGUCACCCUGGGGUGUUUAGUUAGAUCCUCAGCAUCCAACCAGCCAGCAAGUAAAGGGAGAGAAAGAAUUCUGUGGGCCAUUUUAAGGAUCUAGCCUAGAAGUGGGCUCCAGUGGCCAGAAAUGGUCACGUGACCUCAGCUAGAGCCAUGGAUGGCUGGAAAAUGUAAUUUAGCUGUGCACCCACAGAGAGGAAAGCUGUUUAAUGGGCCUCUAGCUUGUCUCUACCAGUAACAGUAACAACAUUAAUUCACAGGGCUUUAUUCUAUAUCAGGCCCCAUUCUAAGGAAGCAUUCUGAUGACGACAAAUGUUAUGAAGUGGGCUCAAUGGGAGUUCAAGUUUAAACACUUUUUAUUAUUAUUAUUAUUAUUAUUAUUAUUAUUAUUUUUUAAUCCUCACCCGAGGAUAUGUUUUCCAUCGAUUUUAGAGAGGAGGGGAGUGGGAA